GUUGAAGAUACCUUUAUGACUUAUACAAUAUAUGAUGACACAGUCACAUUAAAAUUGGUCCAGGAAGCCUGUAAAACCUUAAAGGUGUCUGAAGAGGUAGUGCUGAAGCUUUUUGGGGAAUACUUUUUCAGUUUCUGUAAAAUGUCAGGGUAUGACAGAAUGCUACGGACACUAGGAGGAAACUUGACCGAGUUCAUUGAGAACCUCGAUGCCCUUCAUAGCUACCUAGCCUUGUCCUAUCAGGAAAUGAAUGCACCAUCCUUUCGAUUGGAACGGACGGAGGGGAUGAUGUUGCUUCACUAUUACUCUGACAGGAAAGGCCUAUAUCACAUUGUCCCAGGGAUUCUUGAAGCUGUGGCCAAAGAUUUCUUCAACAGUGAAGUGACACUGGAAAUUCUUGCUCAAAAUAUAGAGGAGGAACGCACUGGGAAGAAAGAGCAUGUGGUCUUUUUCCUUUUACAGAACAGCAAAGCAGCAAAGCACAAGAUCAAUCAAGCAGCAAAUUCUGGGCAGGAAAAAGAGAAUUGGAAUUUAUCGAAACAGCAGUCCAUCAAUAAUGGGUUGAUCAAAAAUGAUUGCCACCAGUCCCUGCCAAUAUGUCCAGAAAAGAAGUCCUACUGGGAUAUUGUAAGAUAUUUUGUGAAAUUUGAGAAAGGUCACCUUUCAUGUACUUUUGAACCAUUUUUUCCUGCGAGGCUUUGGAUCGAUGAGAGGACAUUCUGCUGUGCAUUUCCUUUCCACAUUGUGUUUGAUGAAACACUGAAGAUCAAACAGGCAGGUAUAAACAUUCAGAAAUCUAUACCAGGAUUUCACAUAUCCGGAACCAGAUUAGAUGAGUAUUUUUCUAUUGUUCAUCCGCAAGUUACAUUCACUAUUUUCAGCAUAAGGAAGUUUAUCAAUAGUCAGUUUGUUCUCAAGAUACGAAGGGAUAUGCUGCCUAAAUCAUGGAGGAAACGACCUGCGCUAAAGCUCAGAGGUCAAAUGAUCUGGAUGGAUUCCUUCCAGUGCAUGAUGUACUUGUGUUCCCCAAAGCUACGGAGUUUGGAGGAACUGGAAGAACAACACAUGCACCUUUCUGACAUAGCACAGCAUGACACAACAAGGGACCUCAUCCUCUUCAACCAGCAGCGGUUGGCAGAGAUAGAACUGUCAAACCAGCUAGAGAGAAAAAAGGAAGAACUCAGGAUCCUCUCCAAGAACCUGGAAGCAGAAAAGAAGAAAUCAGAAACGUUAUUGUAUGCCAUGUUGCCCAAACAUGUGGCCAAUCAGCUUAAGGAGGGCAAAAUGGUGGAAGCAGGAGAUUUUAGUUCCUGCACAAUACUUUUCAGUGAUGUCGUCACCUUCACAAACAUCUGUUCUGUCUGUGAACCGAUUCAAAUAGUGAACAUGCUUAAUUCAAUGUACUCCAAGUUUGAUCACCUAACUACUGUCCACAGUGUUUAUAAAGUGGAAACAAUAGGUGAUGCCUACAUGGUUGUAGGAGGGGUCCCUGUGCCUGUCACCAGUCAUGCUGAAAGGGUCGCUAAUUUUGCCCUAGGCAUGAGAAUUGCUGCACAAGAAGUUAUGAACCCUAUUACUGAUAAACCUAUACAGAUUAGAAUCGGGAUACAUACUGGUCCAGUGCUGGCUGGAGUAGUUGGAGAGAAGAUGCCCAGAUACUGUUUAUUUGGUGACACGGUCAAUACAGCUUCUAGAAUGGAAAGCCAUGGCCUCCCAGAUAAAAUCCAUGUCAGCUCAACAGCAUUCAGAGCUUUACCACAUCAAGUGUUUGAGAUAGUGGAAAGGGGAGAAAUAGAGGUCAAAGGCAAAGGGAAAAUGACAACGUAUUUUCUGAAGCGAAACCUCUGUGCCACCGAAAAUGAAAUAAUGGGACAGGUUGAAGAGAUUUCUGCUGAUACUGGCAGCAAUGAUCUGGAAGCCAACAUGGUCAUUAUGGCUCAGGGAUUCUGGAAGGUGUAG